CACGGUGACGUCGAACGUGGAGGGCGUGGCCGCUCUGUGAAAUGUCAGGGAGGAAUGGCGCUCGGCGCGGUAUUUUGAACAAUCGCUUUUUCCUUUCCUCGGUUCGCCUGGAAACGCUGCCCAGCGUUAAAAUCUCGGGUUUAACAGAGAACUAAGACACAGCAAGCAUGGAUGUGGUGUCACCGGAGCUCAACAGUCUCCUUCCUGAUGAAAUCAUGGAUACGGAGGCCAUAGAGGAGGUCCCUCACUCCCAGUCGGAGCCCACGCAUGACACGUCUGUCCCCAUGGAAACGGACGCUCCUGUGACAUCAGAAAGUUUAAGCACCCGCUCCAAUGCCGCUACGGUGGAACGUGUCCAGGCCGCGACCGCUGCUGCAGCUGCAGACUACGCCCCGGGGAGUCAGUCUUCCAUCACGAUUUCCGCUUCGUCAACCUUGUUCGCCAUCAAGCCCGCCUUGGCGACUUCCACAGCUGCGACCAAAACUACAGACAGCCUCACCGGGACGACGGUUUCCACGAGCGGCACCCAGAAGCUCGCGACUCCGUUCGCCUUUUCUGCCGCCAACCACCAGAUCAUUCUGAAUAAGGUGGCCUCAGCUCAAGCCACGGAGGCGGCGAAAGCCGCGGCUGCCCCGGCCCAAGUCAUCAAGCAAGAAGGGCAGAAACUUUUGGUCACGACAAUAGGGAAGUCGGGGCAGCCGAUAGUGCUCCAGUUGCCCCACACGGGCGGCAAACCCGGGGUUUCACAGACUUCAAGGGACGCGAAGUCUCCAACGCCGCAGUUCAAAGUGGUGACUAUUGGUGGGAGAGAGCUGAAACCAGUGUUGAGCAGCGCCGGCAACCAGGUGACCACAUUACAGGCCCAGCAGCUGAAGACCGUACAGAUCCCCAAGAAAACACCAGCAUCCUCAACUGCUCCAAUCAAGUUCAUCAUCACAAAGACGGUCAACAGCAAAGGCCUGAGUCCUCAGACGUCGGUGACUCCUGUUAUCGCAGGGCGCAUGGUGACGCAAACGUCUCCGGUGAUGUCACCGAAAACCAUCACGCUGUCCGAGCCCCACAACACUACGAUCCAGAGCCUUCCUGGCAAAAAGAUCGCCAUCUCGCCUCUGAAGACUCCCAGCAAGGUAACUGUGGUGUCUGUGGCUUCCCCGCCGUCCAACACUAGCCAGAAGUCGGUAGCUCUGCCCGUCAAUGUAGCACUUGGCCAGCAAAUUCUUGCGGUCCAGCAGUCGGCGCCUGCAUCUCCAGUCAAGGUGGCCACCAGCCAGACGACUGCGCAGAACAUUAAGCCUGUCCAGUCCGUCGCUGUUGGAGGAGUGGGCGGCUCCCAGUUCAAGACCAUCAUCCCUCUGGCCACCCAGCCGAACGUGCAGCAGAUUCAGGUGCCGGGAAGCAGAUUUCACUACGUCCGCCUCGUCACGGCGACCACGGCCAGCGCGGCGGGUCAGCCCAGCGCUCCCAACACCAGCUCAGUGGCCACAGGUAAACCUUUAGGGGUGAACACUGGAGCGGUCAGGAUGUCGGUCCCUGUCGUCCAAGCACAGACAAUGAAACAAGUGGCGCCUAAACCCUUGACAUCUGCACCACAGGUGGUCACCACCACUCAGACACAGCAGCGGCUCAUCAUGCCCGCCACCCCUCUGCCCCAGAUCCAGCCCAACUUCACCAACCUGCCCCCAGGGACCGUCCUCACAUCUGCCCCCGGUGGCAGCAAUGUGGGUUACGCCGUUGUUCCAGCACAAUACGUCACGCAGCUCCAGCAGUCACAGUUUGUGACACUCGCCAGCAGCUCCAGUUUUCCUGCGUCCAGCAGCGUCCAAACUCAGGCCAAACUCCCUUACAAUGGCGUGUCGGCAGCAGAGACGACCUCGAGACCCAGAAAACCGUGCAACUGCACCAAGUCACAGUGCCUCAAGCUGUACUGCGACUGCUUUGCAAACGGAGAGUUUUGUAAUAACUGUAACUGCAACAACUGCUUCAACAACCUGGAGCACGAAACGGAACGACUCAAAGCCAUUAAGACCUGCUUGGACAGAAACCCAGAGGCCUUCAAACCUAAAAUUGGCAAAGGCAAAGAGGGCGAGUCGGACCGUCGGCACAGCAAAGGCUGCAACUGCAAGCGGUCGGGCUGCCUGAAGAACUACUGCGAGUGCUAUGAGGCAAAGAUCAUGUGCUCGUCCAUUUGCAAAUGCAUUGGUUGCAAAAACUUUGAGGAGAGCCCGGAGAGGAAGACGCUCAUGCAUCUGGCGGACGCGGCUGAAGUGAGGGUCCAGCAGCAGACGGCAGCCAAGACCAAACUGUCCUCACAGAUCUCAGACCUGCUGAUGAGGACGACUCCCAUUAUAUCAAGUGGAGGCGGGAGGUUGCCGUACACAUUCGUGACGAAAGAAGUGCUGGAAGCGACGUGUGAGUGUUUACUGGAGCAGGCCAAACGGGCCGAACAGACUCGUCAGCCUCAGGUGGAGGCGGAGAGGGCGAUCCUGGAGGAGUUCGGACACUGCCUCAUGAGCAUAAUCAGCUCUGCCGGGAAAGCUAAAACAGACUGCGCCUCCAUCAACUGCUAGGCCGAACUCUUCUGGCUCUCUAUUCGCAAACUGUUGGACAUGGACACGCCGGACCCUCUGGCUGCUCUACGGAAACGCUGAAAGCGGAGAGAUCCUCCAGACUGCUGGAGUUAAGCUGCAUUAAUAGACUUGAGCUGGAAAAUAAAAGGACGGAGCACACUGCCUCUGAAACAUGAACUUCAGCCCGAUUUAUUGCCCUCUAAGGGCUCUCCGGAUCUCUCCUCUCUGUUUUUAUUUUGUACACUCUAUUCUUUUGCCAUCCUGACGUUUUCCAAGAACCCCUGUAUUUUAACGUCAGCAGUUUAUCUGUGUUUAUCAGUAGACAAACUAUCUUUUUGAUAUUUAUUUUAACAAAUCUUUGUAAUCAAGUGUGAGUGUUAAUAUGCAAGGUUUAGAGCUCUGCAGCCUGUCGAUUAUUAACCGAGGCUAGGCUAAGCUAUUCCAGCGGCAGUAAGUGGAGAUUUUCUACAGGUGUACAGUAGAGAGAGAGAGAGAGAGAGAGAGUGUGAGUCCCCUUCGUAGCAGCUGAACACACUCGCACUGAUGGAGUUCCACAUUUUCCCCAGGUGCUCUUUUACGCUUUAUUAAACGCAUACUGUAUAUGAACUCGCAGCAAUGACUUGAGAAAACAUUAGAUCCAAAUGA